ACGUGCGCCUGCGGGUUGCCUAUGUGGGUGCGAGUGUGAAAGGGGACCUGGUGACGUCACGGGUCAAUACCAGCCCCAGUGCGCGCCACCGAGGGUUCCAUCUUGCUCGACCUGACACCUCAGCACCGCAGCCUGACUGCCCUUGGCUCAGGGUCAAGAUGAAUUACGGCGAGGAUUAUGGCCAGUACGCGCCGCAACAGCCAGGGGCGCCCAAGGGUGGCGUGCGGCCGCAGGUGGACCCUUCGGCCACGGGCGAGGUCGACCCUGCCCAGUACGCCGCCCCCAAGGAGAGCACCAACAAGAUCCGCGGCCGCUACGACAUCAUCGAAAUGCUGUGCGGCGGCGUCGACCAAGAGUUGCUGCCCGUCAAGAGCUUCUACUUCUUCUUUUACUCGGCCUUUGGCUCUCUGUUUCCCCUCAUGGGGGUCUACUUCAAGCAGAUGGGCAUGAACCCGGGACAGUGCGGCGUCCUUAUCGGCUUUCGUCCAUUCAUCGAGUUCCUCGCAGCGCCCUUCUGGGGAUCCCUCGCUGACAGGCAUCAAAAAGGAAAGCAGCUGCUUUUGUUCUCCCUCGCAAGCUGGAUUGUGUUCACCCUGCCGUUGGGCUUCAUCCAGCCGCCAGCCACCUCGUGCAUUUUGCGCCGCAACGCCACCGACUACGUCCUCAAAGCCCCCGACAAUCCGGUCCGCAACAUGCGACGCAGACGGGAGGCGCUCAUCACCUCCGAGGGCGGUGAACUCGACGUGCCGCCCGGAGUCCACUCUCUCAGCUUCGUAGACGAUCAGCAGGAACAACAAACGCGCGUAAAGAGGGGAGCUCGGCCGCACGUGCCCGCGGGGUUGUCGCCGUUGAAGGUGACCUACGCGAGCAACUACGACCCUCUGGCCAACGACAACUGGGUGUCCCCCUGGUUUAGCUCAAUCGUGUACAGGACGAGCGACAUCCAGAAGGCCUUUUUCCUGCUGCUGCUGUUGGUGAUCAUUGGCGAAUUCUUCGCAGCCCCAGCAAUCACACUGGCCGAUUCCGCUGUAAUCACGAUUUUGGGCGAAGACGCCGACCGGUAUGGACACCAAAGAAUGUUCGGCUCGCUGGGUUGGGGUCUGGCCAUGUUUUUCGUUGGCAUCGCUCUUGACCACUCAACCGCUUUCCCCGACCACCCCUGCGGACCUGAAGACAAGGAGAAGAACUACACAAUUUGCUUCGCCACGUUCUCCGUUCUGAUGGGCGCCGCUCUCCUCGCAGCCACGCAGAUUAACUUUAAGUACGAGCCGCACCCUGACAUGGAAAUGCCUCAGAUCGUGGAUCAAGCCCCCGUUGUUCCUGAGCCUCCGCUCGUCUUCCACGGAGAAACCGUCUUGGCAGGUUCGGACGCUCAACCUACGGCACAGCCCCAAGCCGCACCACUCAUUGGAAAGGCAAGCAAACAAAAAUUUAAUAUAAAAAAUCCAAAUUUUAAUUUUUGCGAAUUUUCCCAGACGAAAGUUUUCGCCCAAACAAUGCGCAAAAUGCCCGAAUGGGUGACCGUCCUGAAGCAGUUCAACAACAUCAAAUGCGGUUCCUUUUUGUUCGUGGCCUGGUUCAUGGGUUUCGGCAUUGGCCUUAUUUUCACUUUCCUUUUCUGGCAUCUCCAGGACUAUGGUGGUUCCCCGACACUUUUCGGGGUGGCGUCCGUCAUCAAUCACAUAUCAGAGAUUUUCGCUUAUUUCUUCAGUUUCCGGCUCAUUAGACAAAUGGGCCACGUCAAGGUCUUGUGUGUCGGUCUCGUGGGCAAUGUUAUUCGGUUCCUAUACAUUUCGUGGUUGAAAAAUCCGUGGUGGGUCCUUCCAUUUGAGUUCAUGCAAGGCAUUACUCACGCCGCCGUGUGGGCAGCGUGCUGUUCAUACAUUGCGCACAACACGCCUCAGCAUCUUCGCGGAUCAGCACAGGGAGUCUUACAGGGAAUUCAUCACGGACUGGGUCGAGGAUGUGGGGCGGUUAUUGGCGGAUUGUUUGUCAACUACUUUGGCACAACCACCACUUUCAGAGGCUACGGCGUUUGCUGUUUGUUUGUGCUCGGCGCUUUUAUCUUCAUCAACUUUUAUCAAAAGGACACCGGAUUCGUCUCCGACUUGCCGCCUGAAAUCGAUCCUCAUAAAGUGGCUGAGGAAACGGCUCAUUUGGCGCCGCACGGCGUGCCGAGCAACCCGAUUCCGCGGGCCCUCUCCAGCAGCAGAUUGCAGGACAUGGCCGGAAAUGAUUACGGCGCCACUUACCAGCAGGGUCAGCCAACUCUGGACGUGCCAGGCGCCGCCCCAACCAACCCUUUCCGCCAGGAGGCUUUCGGCCAACAGCAGUAUUAUGAUCAGACUCAGUACUCGCUACAAUAGACUGCCUCAUCCCAAGCUGCAGACACAAUUUGAGCCCCACAAGAAGGGAUCAAUAGUUCAAUUGCCAAGAGCCAUCAAAACAUACAGCAGCUUGGUGACCAAUUUUUUUAAUCUAGUGGUGUCAUUUAUUUGGAAUCAUGAUUUCAAAUUUCGUUCAUUUUGCAAAUUACGAGGUUGGAUGUUUAAAGGGGAUUUAUAGUUGUUUGAUUAGUUUGUUUCACUACACAGACACCAUAAUAUUGAAAGCAUAUAUAAUUAAAUAACAUAUAUGAUAACUUGUUCUCAGUGAAAACUGACGAGGAGAAAUAGUCUUAAUUUAACUGCCAGUUGAAUUCGUCUGCCCAAACGUUAAAAGGGGUGGACAAAAGUUACAGAGAGCAAGAAAGUUGCAUCAUUUCACAAUUUAUCAAUCACAAAUGUAAUUAGUUGAAAAUGUAAGUAACAAGAUAUAUAUGAGAUGCACGAUUACAAAAACACUAUCAACUUUAUAAACGACUGGUCAUAAAAAAACUAUAUACAAUAAUACACUGACACAUUCAAGCAUGAAACAGUUAAUUUGAAUUUUCAUAGGCGCACAUUCAGCUCCUUCUUGUUUUCGCAAGAUGAAAAAGGCAUUCAGAAUUAUAAUAAAAACUGCCAUCCGGAACAUAUAUUUAAUUUAUUUCUCGCAUUGUUUGGCUUGCUCAAGAUGAUGAAUUCUGGAUUCCGAGUGCGGAAAAAUAAAGUUCGGCCAUGAUUGUUCAUUUUUUUUAUACAACUGAUAAAAUGUACUACAAAAAGCUUAGCGAAAUCUGCUUCGGUGCUUAAUUCAUGAACAAGCUGUUCUCACAUAACAUAUCAAACGAAGGCCAAAAAUGAAAAGGUUUUAUUGAACGCUUUGUGUUCGCGAGUAUCUGAAAUUAUUGUUGACGAUUUUUUCACGCUUUAACUCGAACACUUGCAGAAAUUUAUGCAUCAAAACAUAAAUGUACUGUACGUUAAGCUAUGAGCGAUACGGUGCGGAGGCGCCGUAUUUUAUUAUUGAGAAUCAUAUGCCUUGUGUUAUAUUUCAUAAAAGCAUAAUUUAAGCGCGCGAAUGUCUCAUUAGAUCAAAGUGUCGUUGAAACGAACACAGCAAACAAAAGAAAUAACGCACCUAGUAUAUAAAUCAAAGCAGUAUGUAAAUGUAAGGUCUCAAGUCAAAGCGAGUCGGAAAUAAAUGUGUCUUGCUGGCUUUUCGGACACACGGUCAUUUUGAAGUAAGUGUGCAUAACUGAAGUUAUAAUCAUAAUCAUAUGAAAAAAUAUGCAAAAUAUGAAUGAAACGCAUUUCAGCUAAAUAUCCAAGGAACUUAUCUCAUCAAUAUACUUAUUCGUGUUUUUAUUCUCAUAUAUAUUCGUGAUAUAUAUGUGAAUUUUCUUUAGUUUAUGUCAAGUUGGCGAAAAUGCCUGAGAGUAAAAUAUUAUUAGUUUGAGGUUGAAUGAAAGUGCAUAUACGACGCGAGUGUGGAAAUCCAGUCAAAACUAAUAAUCUGCGUGUUUCCAAAACUCAAAAACCAUUGUCUGCAUAAUAUCUAAAUUUUAAGGAAAUAAAAGUUACGACACAGUUGAAAAAUGUUGCAUGUUUUAGCGGUUCUAUCUCUCUGUAAGUAAUUGCGAGAAAAACGAAGAAAAAAUUGAUUGACAUGUGAAAGUUCACGUAUAUUAAAUAUACAUGUGUUAUCAAACCUUACAAGUUUCAAAA